AUGGGUCAAAAAACAAAUGAUCAAAAAGAAAAUGAAGAUGAAGAAGGAAAUCGUGAAGAAGAAAAUGAUAAUGAUGGAUGUCAACCAGAAGUAGAUUAUUUGUUUGAUUCAAACGAAGCAGAGAAUGAAGGAAUAAAGAAUGAUGGAGAUAACAAUAAAAAAGAUGGUGAAACUGAAGUAAAAGAGAAUGAUGGAGAGAUCAAUGAAAAUGAGAAUGAUGAAGAGAAAAAUGAUGAGAAGACUGAAGAAACAAAUAAAGAUGGAGAGACUAGUCGACAAAAUGAAACAAAUCAAAAUCUGUUGGAUAAAGUUGUUGACAACAUUGUGGAUAAUGUCCUUGGAGUUGGAUUUUCAAGUUUAAAUAAUCAAGAAGAUGAAAUCUGGAAUGACCCUGAAAUGAAAACUAUUUUGGAUAAUAUUGAUAUAGGUAAAUUUUGA